AUGGCCCGAGCUUCUUCAAAGUUCAUUCUUUCGCCGCGCCUUUGCGACGCAAUAUUUAUCAAAGCAACAACCCUACUUCGAUUGACGACCAAGCGCAUUCUCCACCACAUACUAGAUUCCAUACGAUUAUCUCUACGUUCAAGAAUUUGACUUUUUAAUAACUCAGCGAACCCAUUGCGCCACAAACCGUCGGCCGUUAGUGUUCUCUCGCUCACCUCCAGGAAAUGGAUAUUUUGCCAUCACAGUUGCCAGCCGACCAAGCUGUGCGAAAAUCAGCUAAAAGGACCAUUGAGCUUUUUGGAUCCGAUUAUCUAUUGGCCACACCCUCAACAUCGACCGAUGGCUCAAUAGGUGUUUCCUACCGGAGGAAAGCCGAGUACGAAGCCGUUCAAGAACUCCCACCAGCGCUCGCAGAGAAGCAGGCCAAAGCUGCAGCAUCCCGUACCAAGCGCCCGAAGAUUCCAGGUCAAAACGGACAGAGUCAAGGCGGACAAAGUGGCGCGUCAACGGCUCUGGUGAAAGCAACACCGAGUGGACCAUCUGCUGGAAAUCAGAAUAGAAGCCUUGUUUCACGCCCAUCCGCAACUCCACAGCAAAGGCCCGACUGGCAUCCACCAUGGAAGCUGAUGAGAGUGAUAUCUGGACAUUUGGGUUGGGUGCGAGCUUUGGCUGUUGAACCUAAUAACGAGUGGUUCGCCAGUGGUGCAGGAGAUCGGACUAUUAAGAUUUGGAAUCUAGCAACCGGCGCCCUUCGUCUCACACUGACAGGCCACAUAUCUACUGUCCGUGGUCUGGCUGUCUCGCCCCGCCACCCAUACCUCUUCUCCUGUGGUGAGGAUAAGAUGGUCAAAUGCUGGGAUUUGGAAGCAAACAAGGUCAUUCGACACUAUCAUGGCCAUCUAAGCGGUGUCUAUACCCUUGCUCUUCACCCGAAUCUGGAUGUUCUUGUUACAGGAGGACGUGAUGGUGUGGUACGAGUUUGGGAUAUGCGAACACGUAGCAAUAUCCAUGUGCUUUCCGGUCAUAAAGGUACGAUCGCGGAUGUCAAGUGCCAGGAGGCUGAUCCACAGAUUAUUUCUGCGUCUCUCGACUCGACCGUUCGUCUUUGGGAUCUUGCAGCGGGGAAAAGCAUGGGGGUCUUAACGCACCAUAAGAAGGGUGUGCGCGGUCUCGCCAUCCAUCCAAAGGAAUUCACAUUUGCAAGUGCAAGUACGGGAAGCAUAAAACAAUGGAAGUGCCCCGAGGGCGCAUUUAUGCAGAAUUUCGAAGGUCAAAAUGCAGUCAUUAAUUCCAUUGCUGUGAAUGAAGACAAUGUAUUGUUUUCUGGAGGAGAUAAUGGAUCCAUGUCAUUCUGGGACUGGAAGACUGGCCAUCGGUUUCAGUCGCUUGAUACUAUGGCUCAACCUGGAUCGUUGGAUGCGGAAGCUGGUAUUAUGUCGGCUACUUUUGACCGGACUGGUCUGCGGUUGAUUGUUGGUGAAGCCGACAAGUCAAUUAAGAUCUGGAAGCCAGAUGACGAGGCAACGCCGGAGUCACAUCCAUUAGACUGGAAGCCGACUCUUGGAAGGCAAAGAUAUUAAUAUACUGAUGUUGCUUUCGACAGCAUUCUUGCAUGACUGGGAAGUUUGAGGCGUUAACGAACACCGAAAGUAUCGGGAUCACAUUCACAUCUUGAGAUUAUUGCUUCAUUAGUCCACUGUUGUUUGACCAAAUUUAUGUAUACUUAUGAAAUCUUACAACCUCAU